AUGGUUGGCACAUGGGGUACUUCAAGUGUUUCGUCAGAAGAUAUUCUAUUUGAGGAAAAUUUCAAGAAUCUAUUCGAAAAGCAACCGUGGUUAGUUCGACAUUCUUUUACUCCUGAAUAUUGGCCCUGUAAAGAACAAGUCAUUAUUGAUAUAUUCAAUAAUAACGUUAUUCCAACUGAAACAUCUCAAGUGAAUAUUAAUAAACGCAAAUAUCAUGAAAAUUCUGAACCUAAUGUGGAUUGUGUAAAUAAUUAUGUUUCUUGGAAAGUAAAGCAAUGCGAUCUUUACAAAAAAAUCAGAGUAUUAUCAGAUCUUGAUGAUAAAAUUUAUAAUCCACAACGAUUAUCAUCUAAUCCCUCGGGUGAAUUUUAUAGCUUUAUUAAUAAUGAUAAAAAAUUUUCGGAGACGAGUCAAUUACCAAUUCAAUUUGUAAACCUUAGAUUACAAAGUACUCCAAUUGCUUCUUUAUCAACAUCCAGUGGUCGCGGUUAUCCUUUAAAUCAACAAUCAUCAUCAACCUUCUCCACUCAAAAAAAUCAAUCUUCUGCAAGUUCAUCGAAUAUAGGACAAUCAUUAUCAACCAAAAAUGGUUCAUCCGAAAUAUUAUCAUCAUUCAAAAUUCCUUUUCCUAAAAAAGAGUGUGAAUCAACUUCAAAAAUGACAAGUCUCAAUAUCUUUAAUUUUGAACAAACUAUAUAUGAUCCACAUUUUAAUCCUUUAUUAUGGAAUCAAGAACUAGUUGAUCGACUUACAAAUAAUGGUUGGUUCGAUAAAUUGUUUUAUUCUUCGAAAUCGAAAUCACUUUUACGAGAUAAUGCUUUAUGGAAUCAUUAUAUUUUCGAAAAUUUGAGUUUAUCUACAAAAGAUUCCUCUACUCUCACUGUAUUAUUUUUAUCAAAUUCACUUGUGAGUUCACUAAAUUAUAUUAUAGAUAUUCUUCAGAAAAAAGGUAUAACUUGUAAUAUGAAGAAAGUAGAAUUUGGAUCAAAGUCAAUUAAAAAAAAUCGAAAUUAUCAUCAUUCUUAUGACAUCGAGGAACGUAAAUCUGUAAAGGGAAAAGGGAAAUUAGUUGAAAAUAAUGAAGUAAAAUCAAAACUUCCCACUAUAUCUUCAACUCAAAUGUUAUAUCUUAUCUUUCCACAAGAAUCAGAUCAAGAUAUAAUGAAAUUUCAGUCAAAAUCUGUUCGAUUAUUUUUGAAGAAAUUUUCGACAAUCAAUAAAAUUCAUAUUUGGGAAACCCGAGACGAUUGCAUAAUUAAUUUUGAAAAUUUAUAUAAUGAACUUCGAUUGACACGAGAAUUAGAAACAAAAUUAUAUCAAGUUAAACGUCAUUACUGGAAUCAUAUGAAUCCAUUGAAAGAAUGGAAAAUUAUGAAUUCAAUUGUGAAUUGUUACAAUAGGAAAAUUGAAUCUUUAUCUAAAAUGGUAAUAUCAAAUGAAGUUGGAUCAAUGUCAAAUGAAAUUGUAUCAAUGUCAAAUGAAGUUGGAUCGAUGUCAAAUGAAGUUGGAUCGAUGUCGAGUGAAGGUAGAUCAAAAAGUAAAAUUGGAUCAUUUUCCAACAUAUCUUCUAAUGAAUUUUCAGAAACAUUUAUGGAUACAGCGACUCAACUUUCUAAAGAUAAUUCAUCAUCGGAAUAUGAGCAAAUAUCAUUGUCCUUGAAAAUACAACAUUCUUUAAUAUUUUUCAAAGAAGAUGUUGUCGAAAAGUUGGCCAGAAUGUAUCCUCCUACAAGUUCAUCUAUCUUUAAGAAUAAUUGGAAAAUCAAAUGUCCUUAUGUAUUAUUACAACCAGAAACUGAAUGUUUUGAAUUAAAAAAUAUUUCUGAGGCUUUAAAUGAUUUUUCAUCUCCAUGUGGAGGAAUUGGUACUAUUGUGCAUAUGAGUGUAGUCUCUAAAGCAGUUAUUCAAGGAAGAUUCUAUGGAUUAAAAGUACAAUCUACUUUAAUAGAAGACUGGUGGCUUAUGGAAGAAUAUCGUACACUUCCAGAAUAUUAUAUAAGAUCUGAACAUGCAGCAAGAAGACCAUUCAUUUUAAUGUUGGCUUAUGAUAUGAAUGUUGUUGAUUGGUCAAUCGUGAACUUACCAUCAAUAGUUUACGAUGAAAUUGAAUGGGAAAAUAUUCCACACGAAAAACAAAUAUUUGUUGAAGGAUAUAUUGGAGUGAAAUUUGAGAUUUAUGAUUAUAGUGAAAUUCAAGAAAUUCAAGAGCAUAAUGAUGAAGAAUAA